UUUCGCUUUGGUCAGGAAUGUAAAAGAUAAAAGAUUUAUGACGAAUUUGGGCUUCGCUUUACACUUAGAGCGAAGAAUUUUGAAUGUCCUAUAGAGUUUUAAAUAGUGCGCAAUCGGAAACCUUUUAGUAGAUAUUUCUUCAUUAGUGGAAAACCAGAGCAGCCUACCUAAAGGUGAAGAGGAAUUAUAGACAUAAUAUGGAGUGCGAUGAACAAGCGAGGAAUAUCGGCAGCUGCGCCUCAUCCGUGUCGUAAGAAGAUCAGUGAAAGAGCGAAAACGAAAAACAAAAGAAUAUUUGGUGAACAAAAAGAAAACCGAAAAAACGACUGGAGAGCAACGUCAAGUACAUAGCAUUUAUAUUAUAAUAGCAGCAGCCAGCAGCAGCAUCACGGUUGAGAAGCAUAGGACCAGGGCCAAGGUGGAAAGCUGUUUACAUAUCUGUGUUAGUCAGGGGGCCAUCUCGUAAAGGUGGAGGUUUUGGUUGACCCCAACUCGAAGCUGCCAUAAAAAAAACGAAGGAACGAAACUAUCACGUUAUUAAUCAUCAUCGCAGACAUUGCGCUUACGCAUCGUUUCAUAGACCUUUAUGUGUGCAGUUUAGUUAAACGGUGAGUUUAGUUUUUUUUUGCGAAAAAUUUCUCGUGCUAAAAAGUGGUGCGACGCGAAAUAAUGCUGUCCCGCAAGAGUAAGGAUAAAUCCAUCAAGGAUGGGGUCGUUGGAAAGUACGUAAAACGAGACACACCACCGGAGAUACCAAUAAUUAACGUAUUGACUAGCGAGUCACAGGGAAAAAAUAAACUGCUGAAGGGUAGAAGAAGUUCACAGCAGGCAUUCGGUGGAAACAAUGUGGGACAGAAUAAUAACGUGUAUAUGCCUCUUACGCCAACCAACACCAACCUGAACAAUGUCCAGAAGUUUGGUAACAUUAAGGUUACUGCAUCUAUGGGAGGUUUGGGUCACGAAGGAAAAUAUACGCCAAGCAGCAAAAUUCCCAACCUGGCGCAAAAAUUCGUGAAUUUGUCAAUGCAUAAUGAUCAGCCUAAUAUACUGAACCCUACCAGCAGUGUGCUCAUGAUGGCAAAUAACAAAAAUCAUUUGCCCCAGCAGCAAGCAAUGAUUAUCCCGGCAAAACCUUCGAAUCUUAAUCUUGCUGCUGCGGUUAGCAAUUUGAAUGGCAAUGAUCGUCAAAAUAAUAACAGCCACGGUAACUACGUUGACAUUGAAACAAUAGAUCAAAUCUUGAUGCAACAAAAUGAAGCAGACAAAGCUGCUAAUCAGUACCGGAUUCAGCAGCAAAUUCAGCAAGCUCAACAGCAACAACACCUGCACCAGCAAUACAUUUCAAACUUCGAGCGCAAAUAUUCUUACAAUCAAUUACACCACAACGCAAGCAGCAAUAACUUCCGAAAUGGAUUUGAAAACUACGGUAAUUUGCUUAGAAAUAACAACCCUCCCGCGGCAGCUAGCAGCGUAAAUCUCGCCACCAACGACCAACAGUCUCCGUUUGCGCGUCAAUACUCAUCGCGCCAACAAAUGCCCGCUCCGAAAGACCAUUAUCACAUCUACGAAAAUCCUACGCAAAUCAACCGCUCGGAAUCGCCAAUCUACAGCAACACCAACUCGGCAACAGCUCUAUAUCAAGGUUAUAGCAACAAUUCCUCGCACCAGUCGCUAUUCUCGAACAUGAAUAGUACCUCCAGCAACGUGGCAGCCGUGUCGUCUUCCAUCACGUAUCUCGCAGCUCGCAGUCAGCAACCUCAAGCGCAACAGCCGCUCUAUUCCAAUGUGGAAAACAGUGGAAUGACCUACGGGGAAGCCCUGCUUCACAACGCUCGUCAUAAUUCUUCGAGUGCCGUACAGCAACAACAGCACCAGCAAGCCGCUGCGGAAAACAACAGCUCGGCCGCCGAAGAGGAACUUCCACUGCCGCCGGGUUGGUCUGUGGAUUACACGCUUCGCGGUCGUAAGUACUACAUCGACCAUAAUACCAAGACUACCCAUUGGUCCCAUCCGCUGGAACGGGAGGGAUUACCAACCGGCUGGGAACGGCACGAGUCUGCCCAGCACGGUACUUAUUACUACAAUUGCAUCACGGGCCAAGCCCAGGACAGCCAUCCAUACUUGACAUCCUGCUAUUUGCAUCAUGCCACUCCGGUUGAAAUACCACGACCACUAAUAGCGUCCCACACCCAUUUCACUCCGCACAGCGCUCUGGUACCGGCGAACCCGUACUUGCUGGAAGCGGUUCCCGAAUGGCUGGAGUUUUACGCUAAAUCUUCACCGGAAAAUGAUCACAAACUCAAAUGGGACAUGUUUCAGCUGCAGCAGCUGGAAGGCAUUGCCGGUAUGCUGACCAAGCUGUUCCGCCAGGAGUGCCACAUGAUUGUGGUAAAGUAUGAAACGUUGAGGAUAGCAAUCCGAUCGAUGAUGGAAGAGAAAAAACGACUGGCCUAUCUAAGUAGUAACGACUCGAACGCCUAGACAACUUGCAUUAUGUGCCUUUACUAAAGAAGCAUUGUAAUGCCAGUGAAGAGAUUAUUGUGCUUAUUACUAGCGCGUAUUAAUACUCUAGAAAUGAAAAUGUCCGACAGUUUGAUUUUUUUUAAAUGGUUUGUUAGUUGUUGUUUUGCAAGCUUUCAGUAACGGCUUUAUUAAACGUUUCAAAAAUGUGAUAUCCAACAGUUCCUUGGUAACUAGGAAAGUAUACUAGUGACGUAUUAUCGAUGAUCGUGCAGACCGCAAAUAGCUCUUCAUCAAUGGUUGUAACAUGUGACAAUACGCAGCAAAAACAACAUCAUUUCAAAAGUUUUAGCUAACGUCGUUUUAAAACAUCACAAAUAAUUACUGUUUUUAUAAUUACAAAAUCAACCCGCGAUAUGAGGUUAGAAUUAUAUUUUAUCAAGCAUGUAUCCUGCUAGUACUAGAACAGAAAUAAAAUAUCGAAACGAUAAAA